AUGGAUGAUGCCGGACACUUUGCUCGGUGUUCUGUCACUGACAAAGCAAUGAGCAAACAGCAACGGAGUUUCACGGCGGCGAAGAAUGGUCCUUCUACGGCGACCACCGGCCAAAUAAAAAGACGGUGGCAAAUUCCGACCAACAUACUGUCUCUGGAACCUGACAUCGUGUGCACCAUCUUCGCUUUCCUCGACAUGUUUGACCUCAUUCGCUGCUCCCUCGUUUGCAAACUCUGGAAUGCCAUCAUCGAGUCCCGGUCGCUGCGAGAGUUUUGUGAGAGGAACAUGAAGAAUUAUUGGUCUGAAUUUACGGAAAAGCCCUUGAGGGUGAUUUUAGGGGAGGUGGCUGUGGAGCGGCAUAGAUUGGCUCUUCAGUGUGGUGGCUUUUACGUUAAUCAAUGGAAGGGCCAUUCAACUACGGUUGCUCAGUGCCGAAUGAAAAUGGGCAUGCUUGUUACUGGUGUGGGUGAUAAGGUUAUUCGUCUCUGGUCAUUAGACAAUUUCAAAUGCAUAGAAGAACACUCAGUGCCUGAUGCCUUCCCUUUAGUUGACUUUGAUUUUGAUGAGAGCAAGGUUGUUGGUCUAAUUGGUAGUCAUUUAUGCAUAUGGAGGCGGAAUGGGAAAAGAAGCAUAUUUCCUUCGCUUGAAGGCAAAUUUAUAAAAGGUUCAUGCAUGCGUUACUUUGACCCAGAAGCUAUGGUUGGAUGUGAUGAUGGAGCUGUUCGUGUUUUUGACAUGUACAGUAAGAAAUGUUCUCAAAUAAUAAGAAUGCACCAUGUACCGAUAACAUGUUUAUGUUUGGGUGAAGAUCAAUUGAUAGUGAGUGGCUCCACUUCAGGGAGUAUAACAAUAUCAGAUCCUUCCUCUGUUCAGCUGGUAGCAACACUUAGGUCAAGUGAUGCCAGAGGCAUAAGGACCAUGUGUUUCAAUCCCUCCUCUCAGCUAUUGUUCGCAGGAUCAGCUGUUGGAUAUACAUAUUGUUGGGACCUUAGAACAAGGAAACUGUUGUGGAGCAACCGAGUGAGUCCUAAUGUUAUAUACUCCUUACAGCACAUGCAGAGUGACCCAUCAACAUUAGCUGUUGGUGGAAUAGAUGGUAUUCUAAGAUUGCUAAAUCAGAACAAUGGCAGUACUGUUUCGUGUUGCAUUAUGGAGGAUAAAGUGUUACCAACAUCUCAAAGUUCUUCUGGGUUCAUUCAAAGAAGAAAAGGGAAGAGGUUGCCCCAAGAUACCUACAUAAACAUUGAUCUCAUUCCUAAGACUGUUCGACCUUCUAUUACAUGCCUCGCUGUUGGAAUGAAGAAGAUUGUUACCACACACAAUACAAAUGAUAUCAGAUUAUGGAAAUUCAAAAGCAACAUUUCUUUGUAA